AUGUCAACUAUUCGUGUUUCUCUCUCUCUAUUUAGCUUUGCAUUCCUCCUUUGUGUGGGUCAAGGAACACAAAUUACAUUCACAAACAAUUGUCCAUACACUGUAUGGCCAGGAACACAAGCUGGUGCAACUAGUCCUCAACUAUCAUCAACUGGUUUCGAAUUAGCAUCCGGAGCAUCUAACACACUGGAUCUUCCGGCCGGAUGGUCUGGAAAGUUUUGGGCUAGAACAGGAUGUUCCAAUAAUAACGGAGUAUUCUCCUGCGCCACCGCAGACUGUGGUAACCACGUUGAAUGUGGUGGUGCUGGAGAAGCCACACCAGCAUCUCUAAUAGAAAUUACUACAGAAAAUAAUAAUGGUGGACAGGAUUUUUAUGAUGUUAGUAAUGUGGACGGAUUUAAUGUUCCCUCUUUAAUGAGCCCACAAGGUGGCUCCGGUGCUUGCGGCACCGCGAGUUGUCCGGCUAAUAUUAAUGCUGCUUGUCCGACUGAAUUGCAAUUUAAAGGCUCUGAUGGAAGUGUUGUCGGUUGCAAAAGUGCUUGUGUGACUUUUAAUAGACCUGAAUAUUGUUGCAAUGGUGAUCAUAACACACCACAAACUUGCCCUCCAACAAACUACUCUCAAUUCUUCAGCCAACAGUGCCCUAAUGCUUAUAGCUAUGCUUAUGAUGAUAAGAGGGGAACUUUUACUUGCUCAGGAAACCCUAGUUAUGUUCUCAAGUUCUGUCCUUGA